CUUAAUUAUCUGUGUAGAAAUCUCUUCACUUCACUGGAUAUAGCUUAAACCCUAAUAACACCGUAAUGGCGACGCUCCUGAGACUCGACAUAGCCACCUCUCCACUUGCUUUCACCACUCCCCGAGCCAUUACCUCGUUCAAAUAUCGGUUACCUUCUGCUAGUCGCAGGAUAGCCACAGUUUCCGUCAGAACGAACCCUCCGCUGUUUUAUUCCGCGGCGCUUUACUCUGACAUCCGUCGGAGAUUCCACUCCUCUGUUGCCUCUGAUUCCUCCCUCGCUUUUUUGGAUACCGAUGAUUUCCUCGAUGUUGCCACUGAUAAUUCACCCGACAAUCGAAUCCCGGCUACUAUAAUCACCGGGUUCCUGGGUUCUGGUAAGACGACAUUGCUAAACCAUAUAUUGACGGGAGGUCAUGGGAAGCGCAUAGCCGUGAUCGAGAAUGAGUUUGGUGAAGUGGACAUUGAUGGAUCGCUUGUGGCAGCUAAAACUGCUGGAGCAGAGGAUAUAAUGUUGCUUAACAAUGGUUGUCUCUGUUGUACUGUUAGGGGUGAUCUUGUGAGGAUGAUCUCUGAAUUGGUCAAGACGAAGAAAGGAAGAUUCGACCAUAUAGUAAUUGAGACUACAGGAUUGGCGAAUCCAGCCCCGAUUAUCCAAACUUUUUAUGCUGAGGAUGAAAUUUUCAAUGAUGUCAAACUGGAUGGAGUUGUCACUCUGGUUGAUGCUAAACAUGCUCGUUUGCAUCUAGAUGAAGUUAAACCCGAAGGCUAUGUCAAUGAGGCCGUUGAACAAAUAGCUUACGCAGAUCGUAUCAUAGUUAACAAGACUGAUCUUGUUGGUGAGCCAGAACUAGCUUCAGUGAUGCAGCGGAUUAAGGCCAUAAACAGCAUGGCUCACAUGAAGCGGACAAAAUAUGGGAAGGUGGACUUGGAUUAUGUUCUUGGAAUUGGAGGGUUCGAUCUAGAAAGAAUUGAGAGCUCUGUGAAUGAAGAAGUGAAGGAAAAUCACGAGGGACAUGAUGAUCAUCACCAUGACCAUGACUGCCAUGAUCACCACAGUGAGCAUGAUCAUGAACACGUCGCAGAACAUCACCAUUCUCAUGAUCACACCCAUGACCCUGGUGUCGCUUCAGUCAGUUUAGUCUGCGAAGGAGACUUGGACCUUGAGAAGGCUAACAUGUGGCUUGGGGCGCUAUUGUACCAACGUAGUGAGGAUAUAUACAGAAUGAAAGGUAUCCUCUCCGUCCAAGACAUGGACGAAAGAUUCGUGUUUCAGGGAGUUCAUGAAAUAUUUGAAGGAUCACCAGACCGGCUAUGGAGAAAAGAUGAAACAAGAACCAACAAGAUUGUUUUCAUUGGCAAGAAUUUGAACCGGGAGGAGUUAGAGAUGGGUUUCAGAGCUUGCUUGAUUUAAUUAUAGGAGACAAUAUUUAAAACAUUACAUUUGGUAUCAGUUGAUCAAUGGAGACUUUUGAACAAGCAA